UCUUUAGACGACGAAUACACAAUAAAAUUGGUUUUUAUAAGUCAGUUGAAUUUGUUUGUUCGUUCAUACAAUUUUUUGUGUCAAAAAUUUAAAUUUUCAAACUCAUUUGUCAGUUUAACAAUAUUUUACCAAACGCCGGGAAAAGUUUUGGAACACAACUAAUCAUUUUAACCAAAGUUGUCAUUAAAAAUCAAAAUGGAUGCAUCAGAGAAGAAGUGCUUCAAGGUAACGAACAGUCGUCAAUUCCAAGUCUUGGUUAGUUUAAUGGAAGGGAAUUUACAAUUGGCUAGAUGCAUACCAUCUAAUACAAGAGAAAAACUAUCUGCGGAAGAGGCAUGGAAUGAAAUAGCACGGGAAGUGAACUCAUUUGGUCCACCAGAAAGGACGGGAUUCGAAUGGAAGAAGAUUUGGGGUGACUUAAAAUGUCGUACUAAGAAAAAGGUACUCGAAAAUACUAAAAUUCUCAAUGCCAGCGAGGAUGGUUCCAGUCGCUUAAUCUUCUUAAGUGAUUUAGAGCAGUCUGUUGAUAGAAUAUUGCAAUUUUCAACUAUGGCUACAGCGGAUGAAUCCGAGGAAUUUGAUACUGUUUUUAAUGAUUUGUUAACACCAUAUGAUGUCAAAAUUGAGACAGAUGCCGCAGCAACAACGUCACAACAUGAUCGAGGAAACAUCAAUAAAUGUAAAAACUCAAAAGCAUUUGCGGCCAAAAGAAGCAAACAAUUAUAUCAACAACAAAUAGGAAAAAGAAAAAUCGAUAAGCAGGUAAUCCAGUUUAAACUUUUACAGCAACAGGUCCAAACACAAGACAAAAUGUUUAAGGUAAUGAAAAUGCAAGCAGCAGCCACAAAAGCUAUCGCAGAAGCAACAAAUAGGCAGGCUGAGGCUUUGGCCACAAUAGCAGAUUCAACAAAAGUAAUAGCACAAUCGGUACAGGAAGCAUUAAAGCAUUUGAAGAGCGAUUCAAAUAUGUCUACUUAAAAUGCAAUAAUAAUUUAACAUUUUAAUAACUGGACAGAAGAAGCAAAUUA